CUUCAAAUUUCAAAUAGACCACGGUAAAUAUAUUUUGCAAGUAUAUUUAAUGAAUCAAAUACCUCUCAUGAACUAUUAAAAUCAUUAAAAUAUCAACAUAAACUAUGAAAAUUAUCUAAUAUCCCUUUGAUUGACUUCAAUAAAUUUACGUUAACGAACAAAAAAGUCACAGUUUUUUUUUAUAUCCAUAUAAUAAAUUAGUAAAUCUUAUCUUCAACUUUGAAGAUCGAAAUCGUCAAAACUUAUUUGAUCCAAAUUGAUAAAUUGAGUUUGCUUUGUUCUUAGGGUCCAUUAUAAAUAGGGUUAAUGUCAAAGAGGCACAUGACAAGGACACUUAACUAAAGAAAAGACAUUCAACAUUUUUGUCUUUCAAAUAUUUCCAGCUCAUUGAAACUUAUUUGCAAAUAAGGAAAACUCUUUUUUAUAUAUAUCAAGAUUACUCCGAAUUCCUUGAAACUCAGUUCAACUCAAAUUUGAUGAUUUACACCCCAAUGCGAUACCAGCACCAGCUCCACCUAUAGUGCCACCUAUGGCCCCACCGCCAAUCCAGAAUCAAAUAAGUGUCUCCUCCUCCAUCUCGGACCCACGGUCCGGAGUGCAGCUAUCCACUAAUCACAGAGGGGCACAGCCCAGACAGCAGCGUCAGCGCUCACCCCCACGGGGGAAUGCGUCACCACAGAGACUCCCCCUCUUUAAUGAGGAAGAAGGCGAGGUAAACAACAUAAUGUCUCGCCAAAAUCUUUUCCCCCAACCAAAUAAUCCAAUGGGUGAAAGAAUGCCCGUCCCAAUAAGACGCAGUCCCUUCACCAUAGACAUCCUCAACGAGGUAGUACCUCAAGGAGUAAAGAUCUCGGGAUUACCUCAAUUUGAAGGGACCACCGACCCACAGGAGGAUAUAGAGAAAUUCAGCGCCAUGGCGGAUUUAUAUAGCCCGACGGAUGCUGCGAUGUGAAAAAUGUUCCGCACCACUCCCUCCAAGAGAGCAAUGAAUUGGUUCAACUCUCUACCCAUAGGGUCGAUUGACACCUUCGCUCGGCUGUCAACUCGGUUCACAAACCAAUUCGCCAUCAACAAGCAGUAUGCCAAGACCCCAGCUCACCUUUUCUCUGUAGUACAGAGAGAUAACGAAACGCUCCGCAACUACAUCAAGCAUUUUGUAGAAGCCGUCCAUGAAAUUCCCAGUGUGGGGCAAGACAUGCUCUCCGGGAUUAUGCAGCAGAACUUGAAACCGGGUAGAUUCAAAGAAUCUAUCGCUGGAAGACCCCCAGGCAACCUAGAGGAGUUGCUGAAUCGAGCCGAAAAAUACGUCCGGAUAGAGGAAGCCUCUACCCAUGCUCCUCCUAAAAGGAAAAGGGAAGAUGACCGUCAAGACAAUAGGAGGCGGGAUGAUCGACGUCCACCACUUCCACCUCAAGGUCAACCAUCUUCCUCCUACAACAGAUUCACUCCGCUAAACACUCGCCUCACUGAAAUCCUUCACGUCAUAGAACAGAAAGGUUUAGCAGAGCCUCCACGUCCUAUGCAGCCAAAUGCAAAGCGAGAAAAGUCGGAUCGCUAUUGUCGAUUCCAUAAGGAUAGAGGACAUACUACCGAGGAAAGUGCACAACUCAAAGUGGCGAUUGAGAGGUUGAUCAAGCAAGGCCACUUAGGCAAAUACAUUGAUAAGUCUCGAAAUAAGCGCCGUGAUGAUCUUCCACACCGAGAUAACAAUCGAGAUCAACAGCAACGACGAGAGGAGGGGGGUCAUCGACGAGACCCAGAUAACAAUGACAACCAACCUACCCGGGGCAUCAUCUCCUUUAUCUCCGGAGGACCGGCAGGUGGCGAUUCACAAAAUGCAAGACGCACCCUCGCUCGAUCAGCAUGUAUGAAUCAAGGACGUGCUUCUCCAUCCGCACGUAUCUAUCAAAUACGAAGACCUGAUCAUAGCAUAGUCUUCAACUCCUCAGACCUUGAAGGCCCAGAUGAAGAUCAUGUCGAUGCGUUGGUAGUAACAACAACGGUGGCCAACUUCUUAAUUAUUAAGAAGAUAUUAGUGGACGUGGGGAGCUCAGCUGACAUCAUGUACCUCCACGCUUUUAAGCAGCUGGACAUAGAUAAUGCCCGGUUUAGUCCCAUCUCCACGCCCCUGAAAGGAUUCACAGGAGAGGGCAUUUUGUCCAUGGGAGAAGUGGAGCUGCCCGUCUCUUUAGGGGAAGACCCUUAUCGAAUCACCAAGCUAAUCAAAUUCCUCGUCGUCGACAAGCCAUCCCCCUACAACAUCAUCCUAGGGAGGCCAGUAAUCCAUACAUUCAAAUCAGUACCUUCCUCCUACCAUCAGAAGUGGAAAUUCCCUACUCCCGAAGGAAUGGGGGAAGUACUUGGAGAUAGACGUCUCGCCCGAGAGUGCUAUGCAAUGGCCCUACGAGAACCUUCCAAGAAGCCUAAACCGUCCGGAAGGGGAGAUGACACCCAAAAAUCCGACAAACGGAAGUGGGUCAACGCGAUCAUUGAGGAUAAUAAAGAAAUCCUUAUCAGUGUACCAGAUGACAGCAUCAAGCUAGCAGCUGUUGAAGAGCUUAAGCUCAUAGAGCUCACUCCCGAAGAUACUUCCAAGCUCAUACGAAUAGGAUCCAAUCUAGAUCCAACCACGGAGCGGCAGCUAAUCAACUUCCUGCGGCACACUAGAGAUGUGUUCGCAUGGAAAGUCCAAAAUUUGUUGGGCAUUCCUCCUCAGGUAGCUCUGCAUCGGCUCAACGUCGACAAAAGGUUGAAGCCAGUCAAACAAAGGAAACGGACAUUUGGUCCCGAACGCAACAAGCAUAUCAAAGCGGAAGUGGCAAAACUCCUUGAAGCGGGCCACAUACGACCAGUUCAGUAUCCUGAAUGGCUGUCGAACGUAGUACUCGUUCCCAAGCCGGGUGGUAAGUGGAGAUUAUGCUUAGACUUCACUGACCUCAACAAAGCUUGUCCUAAGGACCCAUUUCCUCUACCUAGAAUCGAUCAACUCAUCGAUUCGACCUCGGGGUGCGAGCUCCUCAGCUUCCUCGAUGCAUACCAAGGGUAUAAACAGAUCUUACUUGCGCCAGAAGAUCAAGAGAGGGCUAGUUUCAUCACUGACCAAGGCAUCUACUGCUAUCAAGUCAUGCCCUUCGGGUUAAAAAACGCAGGAGACACCUACCAACGUCUAGUGAACACAAUGUUCGCAGAUCAGAUCGGUAAAAAUAUGGAAGUGUACAUCGACGACAUGCUCAUCAAAAGUGUCAAGGUAUCAGACCACUUAACCGAUUUGGAUCAAUGUUUCACCACCUUACGAGAUAUAAGAUGAAACUCAACCCCCUCAAAUGUUCGUUCGGAGUUC